GCCAUUUGCCAUUCCGUGCAGCGUGUCUUGGGGAAAAACCAACUUAAUUUAUUUUGGUUCGUCCAAAACUUGGAAGUCCCCCCAAAAUCGAACACGACCUGACGAGUCUUAUCACUUGGAGAUAUUGCAAUCCCGAACAGUGCACUGAACAGCGAUCACGAUGAAGAAAGUGCUAUUGACGAAAACUCAGCACAUCCAACCAGUCGUCGCUGGCGGAUCGGAUCCCUUGUUCACCAAGCCAGUUGGUACUCAGCGAGUAAUAUCGAUGCCAGCGCCACAGGGCGCCACCACCUACAUUCAGCGGAAGUCCUUCCAGCCCGUCUACGGGGACAUUUUCAAAUUACUCAUGCAAAUUCCCGACAAAGCCCUCACCCAACGGGUGAUCGACGCGAUAAACGGGCGUAAUAACAGCGAUAAGGUCGCUAUCUCGCAUCAGAGUAAACAAUGUUCGUGUGGAGUCCAAAAAGUCGACGCGUCCACGCAAACGGAUUGGGAUACAGAGGACAGGAGCCCGGGAUUGGAUAAGUCCAAAAUUAAUAAUGAAUCGUCCGAAGCCAAGGGGAAUAGCUAUAGCCACAUGGCCAGUCAAAGUUCCACGCCUAUAGAAUCACCUUUAGAACCGACCAAAGUUCCUAAAAAGCGCGGAAGAAAGCGAAACACCUGCGUGCCACAGGUGGUCAAGCGAUCAGCGGCUGAAAUGGCGCUCCAGGAGCGCGAGGAGAAACAGCUCACACCCGUGAUCACGAAAAGGAAGAAAAAGGAGGUCACCAAUCCACAAAAGUCAGGAGAAAAUCGAUCCACGAAAGAAACCCCUGAGCGCCGCAACUCCAACAUGUCGGAUAUAUCGAUCAACUCGGAUGACAUAGACCGGGUGGACAACUAUAUAUUCGGAAACAACAAGGAGCGGAUUCUACUUAUAAUGGCCAACGAAUUCAAGAAGUCGCACAUAAUGUCCGAAGAAGGAUUGCUACCCAUUCACGAGCAAAUACUGAGCGGCGAUGUUUACGGCGUAAAGCGUCAGAUAUUUGUGUGCCACCACGCGAACUUGGACAUCAACGACCUACUAACCACGGAUGGCGAGGACUGUCUGGAACUUGCGUUGACAAACGACACGGACACCGAGAUUAUAUCGCUCAUCCUGGACGCUCGCUUGAUGACCGAUCACCUCUACGAGAACUCAAAUACAGCUCUUCACCUCGCGGUGAUUAACAAUAUAAAUAUCGAGUCCAUUAGGCUUCUGCUGCGUAGAAUCGAUUUGAACAGUCUUCUGCUAACCAAUGAUGAUGGUUACACAGUUUUGCACCUGGCAGUGCGUAAUAACCAGUUCCUCGUUGCCGAGGCAAUCCUUGAUACCAUAGACGAGCGGGAGUUGGGGGAAACGGUGUACAGGAGAACCCAGGAGGCCGCUAAUGCGAAUGAAUGGGACGAGAAGGCCUUUGCCAAGUACUAUGAUCGAGCCUGCGAACGGCUGGAGCUGAGUACGUCGUUGCUGAAGAACCGUACACAUAAACGGAAUGUCAUCAAUGCAUCCGAGGCGAGGGGCGGAAACCCGCCGCUCUUCUACGCCGUGGAAGGGGAGCAAGAACACUUGUGCUAUUUCCUGCUGGCGCAUUUGGCCGAUCCCGACGAGGAGAACUUAAGCGGGCAUUCCCCGAAAUCGUUCCACUAUGAGUACGCUCGCACAUUGCGCAUCAACUUGAAGGUGGCGCGCGUCAUGGAGAAAGUAAUUAGCAUAUUGAAUACUUAACAUUAAUUGUGCAUUUUGUAAAUAUAUUUAGCCCCAGCUGAGCUCGAA